AUGAGUAAAAAAUUGACGUUGGAAGAAAGGCUUUCUCUUGCUACCAAGAAGGGAAGAAAGAAAAAUAAAAAAUCAACAUCGAAUCUACCAUCCCCUUCGCCUGUAGUGCUGUCAAACAGCGAGCUGGAAGCCAAUGGCAUAUCCAUCGAUGAUCUAACUACUGGUCUGGACUCAAUUGACAAUGCUGAAAACGGAGAUGAUUGUACGGUACGAUCGGAGAGUACUGUUGAAAGCGAUACACUUAAAAUAAGUGCAAAUACAGCGCAUGCCGAACUAACUAGAACUGAUAACUCUGAUAACGCUAUAGUGUCAUUGCCUGAAUGGCUGCCAGAGAAUUACACGGAACUCACAGUCGAAGAAUUAGUCAGAAGAAUUAGCCCAGAAUACGAAAGACUAAAUAAACGGAUUGAUGACCUAACUAACGAAGUGAGCAAAAAACCUCAAAUCGAGACAACGGAUUCUAGCUUUUUUAAAUUGAUCAAAGAGAAAGAUGAUUUGAUAGAUCAACUGAAGAAAGAAGGAGAAAAAUUAGCGGAAACUGAGUUGAGGCAAUCCAACCAGAUCAAGGCUCUGAAGACAAAAGUGAAAAAUUUAGAGUAUGAAGUAUCAUCUUUGAAUGAUGAUUCUACUCAGAACGUAGAAAAUUAUAAUGAACUGCAGUCACUGUAUCAUAAUAUACAAGAACAACUGACUGAAACUACAAGCAAGCUAAAGGACACAGAUAAGCAGAAAGAGUUGCUUGAGGUGUUAAAAGGAAGUAUCAAGGAAAAAGACGACUUGAUCACAAAUUUGCAGCAAUCUUUAGAUCAUAUGAGAACAUUGCUCGAAGAAGAAAAAGCCGAAUUUCAAAUGGAGAAGAAAGCACUACAGGAAGCAACAAUCGAUCAAGUAACUUCUCUGGAGACAAAAUUAGAACAAUUAAGGAUAGAAUUGGAUAGUUGCAGCAACGAUUCGAACGGUAAAUCAAGCGGAGGUGAUUUUGUAGACAAUGAUGAUGGCAGCUCCGAAGUAAAGCAAUAUACAUCUUCGCAAUAUAUGCUACUAAAGGAACAGCUCGAGUCAUCCAAAGUUAACUGGAAUAGCAUUGAAUACGCCUUGAACAGUAAAAUUGUGGAUUUAGAGAAUCACCUUGCAUCUACGAUAAAAGAAAAAAAGAAAUUUGAAGAGGAGUAUCAAACCGCCUUGCGUUCAACAGAAACACUAAGUGACCAUUUAGAAAAAGAACGAGAAGGUCAUUUAAAGGCAAUUUCUCAAGUGAAAGAACUGGAAAGACAGAUAGAGACAUUGAAGUUGUCAUUACAAAGUAUAAAUGAUGAUUACAAUCUAUUGAAGAAGAAGUAUGAUAUUCAGAGGGCCCAGUUCGAGAAAAAUGAGGACGGAGUGAAGCUACAUCAAGAGACCAGCGAUCGAAAAAUCAUAGAAAAAAUUCCUGCAGAAUUGACCAAUAGUUUAAAUUCCAUGAAUGAGAAUAUCGAAGACGAGUGGACUUUACCUCAAGAGAACUCUAUGCUGUCUCUAUCGAUCUCAAAAUUAGGACAACUGGAAGACGAUUCAUCUCUGAAGCCCAUUAGCGAUCAAUCGCACGAUAUGAUAUGUAAUGAGGAAAGUGAACACUUUGACAGGAAAAAUAUAGAUUUUAGCAUCGAUGAUAUCCCAGAAGAAGCCGCUGAUUUACAAGCAAUAAAAGAAGGCGAAUCCAUGAAAUCGUUAAAUAAUACGUCAAUACCAUACCGAAGAGCGAGCUUUCAAUUGUCCAACUCUAAUGGUAAUAUAAGUGCCCAUCUGGUGAGUAAGCUAAGUACGGAAUUAAAGAGAUUGGAGGGUGAAUUAUUAACUUCAAGGGAGUCAUACUAUAAUUUGGUAAAUGAAAAAGCACAGGCCAAUGAUGAGAUCUUAAGACUAUUGGAGGAAAACGAUAAAUUUGAUAAAGUCAACAAACAGAAGGAUGAACUUUUGCAAAAAGUGGAACAAAUUCAAAGCAAACUGGAAACCUCCUUACAACUGUUAGGUGAAAAGACCGAGCAAGUGGAAGAAUUAGAAAAUGACGUGUCCGAUUUAAAAGAAAUGAUGCAUCAACAAGUCCAACAAAUGGUGGAAAUGCAGGAAAAGAUGAGGUGA